UAUUAACUUAAGUAAAAAUGGGUCUUUCAUUCUCAAAAUUGUUUGAAUAGUGGUUUGGAAAGAAGGAAAUGAGAAUAUUAAUGUUGGGUUUAGAUGCAGCAGGUAAAACAACAAUAUUGUACAAAUUGAAAUUGGGAGAAGUUGUAAGUUCAGUGCCAACAAUUGGAUUCAAUGUUGAGACAGUAGAAUACAAGAAUAUAAAAUUCACAGUAUGGGAUGUAGGAGGUUAAGAUAAAAUCAGAUUAUUAUGGAGACAUUAUUAUUAAAAUACAUAAGGUCUAAUUUUUGUUGUUGAUUCCUCUGAUAAAGAAAGAGUAGAUGUAGCUAGAGAAGAAUUGAUGAGAAUGUUAGGUGAAGAUGAACUUAGAGAUGCUGUUUUGUUGGUAUUUGCCAAUAAAUAAGACAUGGGUGUAAUGACAGUACCAGAAAUAACAGAGAAAUUGGGAUUACAUACACUUAGAAGAGAAUGGUACAUUUAAGGUACUUGUGCACUCACAGGAGAUGGAUUAUAUGAUGGUUUAGAUUGGUUAGCUAAAACAGUAGGAAAGAAGAAAUGAAUCAAAGAACUUUUAUAUUAAAACAAUUUGUUUAACAUUUAUUAUAAAUAUUUUUAAAAUGAUGUUAUUAAUUUAG